AUGAUCGCCUGCAAGCACGGUCGUGUCCAGACCAUCAAGGCGCUGCUCAAGUCUGCCAAGACCAAGGACCUCAACAUUGCCAUGUUCAAGAACAAGAAGGGUGUCACAGCACUGCAUUUUGCCGCCGAGAACAACCAGAUGGGCGCCAUGCGUCUGUUGUUGGAGGAGGAGAAGGCCGACGUCAACGUGCCCGAGAAGUCCACCAAGUACACGCCACUCAUGAAGGCAUGCAUACAGGGCCACAUCGACAUGGUCAAGCUGUUGGUCGAGGAGGGCAAGGCCGACAUUGAGAAGAAGGACAAGUUCAAGCACACAGCCAUCAUGCUCGCCGCCAAGAACGGCCACCUGCGCAUCGUCUCGUACCUGCUGCACAUGAACGCCAACAUCAAGGUGGUGGACUCGUCCAAGAACACACUGCUGCACUAUGCUGCAGCCUACGGCUGGUUCGAGAUAUGCAAGUAUCUCGUCGAGGUCUUUGCCUUCCCCAUCAACGACUUGAACGACUGGAAGGUGUCUCCUCUCUCCGUCGCCGUGCUCAAGGGCCACUUUAGGAUUACCGAGUUCCUCAUGAGCAACAAGGCCAACCCCAACGUGUGUGACGAGGAGGGCCGCAGCAUCCUGCUGCAGUCGCUCAACGUCGACAUCAACGACUCGCUCGUCUCCAACAUCAACUACCUGGUUGAGUCGUGUGGCUCCUCGGUCAACCAUCAGGACCAGAACGGCCAGGCCGCGCUGCAUUAUCUCGCCGGCGGCGUCUCGUACAACCACGAGAACCCCGAGAAGCUGGAGCGCUCCAUCGAGGACAGCUCGCGUGCAAUCCAGUUGAUUGGUGACAUCCUGCUCAAGAAGGGCGCCGAUAUCAACAUGCUCGACAAGAAGAAGCAGACCCCACUCAUGGCAGCCUUUGCCAGCCAGAACAUUGGAGCGAUCAUGUUCUUCCUGGCUCGCGGCGCCUCGAUCGACGGCAUCUACGAGGAGACCGGCAGCAACCUGCUACACUUGCUGCCAUCGAUCUACAAGAGCCACUGGAACAAGUUCGCCGCCAUCAGCAAGCUCAUCCUCGGAUCACCCAUCAUUAGAUCGAUCGUCAAUCAUAUCAACAAGCAGGGCAUGACCCCACUGCUCUCCAUCCUGGACAGCUACAAGAAGCCAGACGUGCGCAACUGGAACAGGAAGGAGGUGACCGUCACCGACCUCGACCUGGAAAACAUCUACGUGGACUUCCUCAACCAGUUCCUGACCAUCGCACAGCCAGACACAUCAAUCGUCAACGACCGUGAUCCAAACGCCAUGGAGAUCGACAGCAACACCAACGCCAAGAAGGCUGGCGAAGAAGGUGAGGAGGACGAGGAGGAAGAGGAGGAUGAGGACAAUGGCUCGGACGACGAUGGCUCAGAGGACAACUACGACUCUGACAACGAUAGCUACGACGACUCUGAGGACGAUUACCCAACUUCACACAACAACAACGACUCCAAGAAGCCACAAGAGUUCUCAAAGAAGUCCGCGUUGCACUUUGCCGUACUCACUGGCGUGUCCCGCUUCAUCGAGACGCUGCUCGCCUCAAAGCUCAUCAAGUCUCUCGACAUGCUCGACUCGAAGCAGCAGACCCCACUGCUCACCGCCAUCCAGGACAGCAAGUUCGACUGCGCCAUCAUCCUCGUCGACAAGGGAGCCAACCUCUCUACGACCGACCGCAACAGCCAGACACCUCUACAUCUCGCAUGUCAGGCCAUGCACUUCCCAUUGAUCAAGCGUCUCGUGGCCAUGGGCGCCAAGGUGAACCUUCAGGACAAGGACAAGGCCACCGCUCUUAUCCUUGCUUCCAAGAAAAAGCAUUCGAUCGGCGACGAUGCCCUCGAGGGAGAGGAGAACCCCAUCUCGUUGCUGCUCAAGAACAAGGCCGACCCAACCAUCUGCGACAACCUGAAGCGUAGUGCACUCCACUAUUGCAUCAACUUCUCGACCAGUGAUGCCAACACCUCGUUCGAGCUAGAGGACCUGCUCAUCAAGCACGGUGCCCAGCUCAACGCCGUCGACUACCUCGGCCGCACACCGCUACACUACUGCUUCAUCAAGAUGGGCCAAAACAAGAUCACUGACGGCUCCACCUUUGAUCCAAUCCAGACUGUGUCAUCGCUCUGCUCGCACCCAGGUAUCCAAGUGGACGUUGCUGACAAGUUUGGCAGGACCCCCUUGUUCUAUGCCGCUCAGCACGGCUCCACCGUGUCGGCCCUGCAUCUCCUGCAGCGCAAGGCAGAGAUCAACCGUCUUGACGAGGAUCAGAACAGUCCGCUCUCGCUGGCUCUCAACUACAACCACCCUGACUGCGCCAUCAACUUCAUCCAGAAGAAUGCCAAUGUCAAGGGCACGCUGACCAAGUACAAUCUCGAGUUCAAGAAGGUGCCCGUCGGCCUCACACCCGAGGAGUUGGCCGCAUACGAGCUCAAUCUCCAGAGCAACAAGCACAACCGUCAAGGCCAAGGCAAGAGGUUUGCUGUCCCCGUCAAGAGAGGUGUUUUUGGCGCCAUCGCCAACGCACAUGCCAACACCAACGCCAACGACAAGCCCAAGGAGCAAAAGGAGCUCACAUUCACGACAGAGGUGAUCAAGAAGAACGUUGAGACCAUGGGACUCUUCUACCACGUUGUCAAGAACAACUACCAGGGUGUGGCCUACAUCAUGCUCGACGCAGGUCUCGACACAUUCAACGCCCUGCACGACGCUCUCAAGGCCGACAAGUACCAGCUGGCACUCACGCUCAUCUCCAAGGUGCGCGAGCUCAAGGAGGUGCAGUCGACCACUCAUCACCAGAACAUCUUCCACUUUAUUGGAUUGUACCCUAGCUCGGUGACCAACUGGGCACACCGUGUGCAGCAGAAGCUCGUGCAACUGGGCCUGCCCAUCAACGUCAAGGACUCUGAGGGCAGAACACCCCUGCACUAUGCCGCCAAGAAGCUGAACGCCAAUUACACCCAGUUCCUGCUGGAUAACAAGCUGGACAUCAACCUGCAGGACAAGAACGGCUUCUCGCCCCUGUCGCUCAGUCUGCUCGAUCUGGACAGCACAUCGAUCACACUGCCAGCCGAGGUCAAGCUGCUGCUCAACAAUGGCAGCAACCUCGAGCAGCUGUUCCCUUACGCUGACAACAAGGUCACACCACUGGUCUUUGCCAUCCUCACCAAGAACAUAGUGCUGUUCAAACAGCUGGUGUCGAACACCAUCACAUUGGACAACAACCAGGAGAGGCCCAUGAAGAUGGCCAACGUCAACACCCCCGAUGCUCUUGGCCAGACCCCUCUGAUGCACGCCGUUCGCAUGAACAACGUCGAGUUUGUCGAGAUCCUCUUGACGCUCAAGGCCAACAUCGCCGCUCUGGACAUGGACAAGAAGACCGUGAUCCACCACGUCGUCAACCCAACCAGCUACGGCUCGUACGAGAAUGUCAAGCUGCUCAACCUGCUCGCUGCCAAGGGUGCCCCAAUCGACACAGUGGACAUUGGCAACCACACUCCCAACUACUACGCCUCGCAACAGGACUCGGGCAAGAUGUCCACUGCUCUGUUGGCACUGGGCGCCAAGCCAAUCCCACCCGCCACCAUCCCCAUUCGCGAGACCUCAGUCAUCACCUCAUGGGAGACCAUCAAUUACGAGGCCGACGUCGAGAAGUAUCUGGCCAAGGUGGCCGCCAAGAACAAGGAGGAGGUCAGCAAGCUGCUGCCGCCCAAGGUCGACAAGCGAUCGGGACUGGCCGCUACAUGCGAGGUCUACACCGACGACAAUGGCCUCAUCUACGACGUCCUGCUCACAAAGGUCGACGCCAAGGUGGGCUCAUACGGCAUGAACAACUUCUACAUCCUGCAGCUGCUGCACAACAAGAACAUCGACACGUUCGUGCUGUUCAACUGCUUUGGUCGUAUUGGCCAGUCGGGCCAGUUCCAGAAGACUGCCUACUCCAAGGACGAGGCCAUUCUCGAGUUUGGCAAGAUCUUCAAGUCCAAGACUGGACAGACCUUUGCCAAGUUUGACGACGCGACACCAUUCGUGCGCGUGCCAGAGAAGUACAACUUGCAAAAGAUCGACCGCCACGAGCACAAGAGGCGCGAGGUGUUGAAGCCAUUCAAGAUGAACAAAUACCCACCCUCGAAGCUGCCGCUCGCACUCCAGGACGUAAUGAGCCAGUUCUGCGACGUCCAGGCCAUCGAGCAACAGCUAAAGCAGUUGCGCAUCAAUGUCGACAUCAUGCCACUGGGCCGUCUGUCCAAGGACACCAUCCACCAGGCUGUUGUAAUCCUUGGCCGUCUCAAGGACCAAGUAGAGACCCUCGGCAAGGCCAUGAAGGACGACAUCAAGUCGGCCAGUGCCAUCGGUGAGGAGAUACUGGCGCUGAACAACCAGUUCUACGAGCUGAUCCCCCACGCCGAGUUUGCCAUGGACAAGAUGCAGAUGCUUACCGACGACCGCCAGAUUGGCGCCAAGAUGACUCUCUUGCAGAACCUCGACGAGCUGGAGGUUGUCUCCAAGAUCCUGUUGGCCGCACACUCCAACAAGAAGAUCCAUCCCUACGACUACUGUCUCAAGGCCAUCGGUGUGUCGCUCGAGGCGCUUGCCCCCACAUCGCCAGAGUUCAGCGCGCUCAAGAGCUACGCAGUCAACACUGGCUGCCGUGCAGACACGGUUGCCAACAUCUUCCGCCUGCAGCGCCAGGGCGAGGCCGAGCACUUCACUCAACGCUCCAAGAGUCUCGACAACCACUUCCUCCUGUGGCACGGCACCAAGACCACCAACUACCUCAGCAUUCUCUCGCAGGGCCUCAAGAUUGCACCACCCGAGGCACCGGCCACCGGCUACAUGUUUGGCAAGGGCAUCUACUUUGCCGAUCUCUUCACCAAGAGCCACGGCUACUGCCGUGGCGUCGGCAACUCGGACCAGUUCCUUCUGCUGAGCGAGGUUGCUCUGGGUAAGAUGAAGGAGUACUACGAGUCGUGCUACAUGGAUGCCGCGCAGCCCGGCACCAACAGCACCAAGGGCAUUGGCAGACGUGGACCAGAGUUUGACAACAGCAUCGUUCUGACCAAUGGUGUCACCAUCCCACUGGGCACUCCCGUAGACACCAAAGAGCCCACCACCGACGACUGGCAUGGCUUCAAUCUCAACAUGAACGAGUACAUCGUCUACGACGUCGGUCAAGUCAGGAUGAGAUACUUGGUUCAAGUGUCCGACAAGCCAAAGACCUACAACAAGUAG